AUGUCGCUCCUCUUCGAUCCGGGAUUUGUGAUCCUUCGGGAGGAUCAGAGCGUAAAGCUCUUCAAUAUCAUUCUCGUUAUGUCACAAGUUUUCGGAGGACUGGCAGUUCUUCUUGUAACCAUUUGGAUGAGCAAGUUCGAAAGUGGAUUUGCGUGGAGUGAGGAUCCAGAUAAAGAGUUCAAUUAUCAUCCGACAUUCAUGGUUAUGGGAAUGGUUUUCCUCUUCGGAGAAUCUAUUCUCGUCUACCGCGUCUUCCGGAACGAACGAAAGAAAUUCAGUAAAACUCUCCACGUCAUUCUCCAUUCAGUUGUCCUCGUCUUCAUGCUAACGGCUCUGAAGGCAGUUUUCGAUUACCAUAAUCUUCAUAAAGAUGCCUCUGGAAAUCCAGCGCCAAUUGUCAAUAUGGUAUCCCUUCAUUCAUGGAUUGGUCUCUCUGUUGUCAUUCUCUUCUGCACACAAUAUGCUAUCGGAUUUAUCACCUAUUUCUUCCCGGGAAUGCCGAUUCCAAUUCGUCAACUUGUCAUGCCAUUCCAUCAAAUGUUCGGAGUCCUUAUUUUCAUUUUUGUCUCGAUUACUGUCGCUAUGGGAAUCUCAGAACGCGCCGCCUGGAAGCAUACUUGCUGGACAAAAGAUGGUCAAAUGUGUGCUCAACAAGCAAUCUCAUCAUUUGUUGGAGUCUUUACUUUCCUCUACACUGUCUGUGUUCUUCUUCUCGUCUUGAAUCCACGUUGGAAGCGUCAACCUCUUCCAGAGGAAGAAGGACUUCAUCAUUUGACAUCGAGCCACUCAAUGACUGAUUGA